CAAACUGAAGUUCAACACUGUCCCUACGGUUGACCGGCAACUUGCUGUUAGAAAUGUGAGUAACUAGGGAGAGAGGGAGGGGUUGUAGUGUUAGCGAUUGUGAGAAGCAGUGUUUUUUUGGUUUUGUGAGCAAAAAGAAAGUGAUGGAUGGAGGACAGGGGGGUUGGGGAUGGUCUAAGUUGAACACCCUUGCUGGUAAUAUAUGCGGCCCUAUUGUGGUGAAUCAAUGCACCAUGCAAUAAUGGGUGCUAAGGAGGGGCACAAGGCUGUAGGGGAGCUAUGACGAGAUGUCCUCUCAUGUUGUGCCCCGCUUGCUAAGAAGCGCACCCAAGACUUUCAUCUGGGAUUAAAAAUGUGUUUCUUCCAUUUUUAUCUUAGCUGUUAUUUUUCUUACCGAGGAGCUGGAUGGAGACAAGAGCCCAAGGACAAACAAAUGUAGAGACUCAAUAAUUUUGUUACACAGACAGGAAUGCUGUGAUUGCGCACACAUUCUCCUCUUCUGACAAGCUGCGUUGAAAGUCUAUGUAUUCAAACAAAAGCACAUAAGUGGUGUUCCACACUGACUGUAAUAUCUGUAUACAUGACUAAAAUCUAAAAGGUCUACAAGGAUGAUCUGAGGUAGGAUGUGAUCAACUCACCCCAUCUGCAGGACACAAUGUUACAGGACAGAGGAAGAAUUUGGAGAGGGAGUCUGAAGCAUAUGCACUGGUUUGUUCUCUCUUAUCUUCUCCUCUUGGCUUUACCAUGCACAGGCUUCCUCCCAAACUUUUGGUCACAAGUUUUAACGUUGUCAUGGAACUCGCACACACACCAGCACAUCACAGAACAAUCUAUUCUCAAUGUCACCCUGGAGACUCUGAGGUACACCAAAAAACACCAUGGAAACCAUGCAGAGGAACAGGUGAGUUGAUGUCUGCUGUCAUGAUAUUGCUGUAUUUCAUUAUGAAACAUAGUAUAAAAGACCUACUUUCCACUAUUUCACAAAGGCACAGAACUACAUCUCAUUCCAGUGAUGGUAAAAUUCAGCCUGUAUUCCCCCCAGACUAGAUUGGGCCGUGGCUUUUGGAGAGCAGUGGGAGAGGUGGUGAAGUCCAAUGCAGCCAUGGACUUCCUGAGCUCCACCAGGUCUGAGCCAGUGUACCACUUUGACUCAGAGCGCGUGGACAGCGCCAUGAUGAUGCUACGGCAGUUCUGGACUCAGACUCUGCUCUCAGUACGGGCCAAAGAGUACCAAAGUGCUCGCCAUACCCUGGGCCAGCUAUUUCACUCCCUGCAGGACUUCUACAGCCACAGUAACUGGGUAGAGAUGGGCCAACGCUUCAUUUACCACCACCUGCUGCAGCCAGAGGAGCCCGCCAUCCCCGUGGCUAAAGAAGACACUCCUACCUGUAUGGAGUGCUUCAGUGUCACCUGUCGAGACAACCUCCUGCCAAGACUAACAAAUACGCAACAAGGCUCCAGGUUGCUCACCACAGGCUACUUUAGCACUUUCCCUCCAAAACCUCAGGGCAAAUGUAGUCAUGGAGGAAUUCUAGACAGUAGCCGCCAUAUGGGGGCCAAAGGGGGCAUCAACAAGGACAGCACGUCACCUCUCUUCUCCCCUCAUCAUUACCUCCAUGUGGAAGCAGCCACUUUGGCUACUGAGGGCACGCUGAGAGUACUGAGAGAUCUCAGAGACACUGUGGGCCACAAAACCUUUCUCAGGCUUUUCAGUGUGAAGCAGGUCCCUGCAUUGGUGUUUGUCAUGGACACUACAGGCAGCAUGUUUGAGGAGAUCACUGCUGCUCGCCUCCGGGCCCACUCCAUCAUCCAGAGCCGAACCAGAAGUCCUGGGCAGCCUGGUACCUUUGUACUUGUGCCCUUUCAUGACCCAGGCGUAGGCCCAGUGCAUGAGACCUAUGACCCAGACCAGUUUAUGCAGUACAUGGAGAACUUAACGGCUCUGGGAGGAGGAGAUGAACCAGAGAUGUGCCUCUCUGCCAUUCGGCUGGCGCUCACUCACAGUCCUCCACUGUCAGAGAUAUUUGUAUUCACAGAUGCUUCUCCUAAAGACGCCCACUUGUUUGAUGCGGUGAAGGCCCUCGCACUCGAGAAACAGAGCAAAGUGACGUUUCUGCUAACUGAGGACCCCAACUACACAACAGAGAACCGAGGGAGGAAGAGAAGGAGGAGGAGGGCACCUCUGUCUCCUGACCGCUUCUCUCUCUAUUCUUCCCUGUCCUCCCUCUCAGGAGGACUCACAAUAUUCACCACCAACUCUGACAUCCACAGUGUCUCUACCAUAGUGGAGGACAACACAGCUACUGACAAGGUGACCCUCCUUCACAUGGAAAGUGACCAGAAGUUGAUGUCCUCACAUUCCUUCAGAGUGGACAGCUCAGUAAAAACUGUCACACUGCACAUCACUGGCAUCCUGAUAGAAUGUAUCCUUACCAGUCCAUCAGAUCAAAGGCAAUCUCUUUUGAAUGAACAAGGCCCUCUGGCAGAGUUGGAGUACUUCAAGGGUUUGUACCGCAUCAGCCUGCUCCUUCCUAUACAGCCAGGACAGUGGGAACUUCAAGCCAAGAGUGAUGGACAUCUCACAUUCAGUGUAAUAGGGGAUAGCAGUGUGGAUUUCCUGUAUUACUUUGCCACUGUAGCCAAUGACACACAUCCAGGUCUGGCCAGGGUGGAUGGUAGUCCAGUAGCAGGUGUCCCUGCCUUUCUGGUGCUGUCUGUGACAGGCCUGGCUCCAGAUGAGGAGGUGUCUUUCAGUCAUGUGACGCUGCUAGGAGCUGAUGGGGAGAACCUCCAUCAGGUGAAGCUGAACUCCUCCUCCUCUAUAUCCUCCCACUCUGUGGAAGAGCUGGUGGGAUGGGUGGAUUCUGUUCCCAGAGUCCCUUUCUGUGUUCGACUGACAGGCCAGGACAGCAGAGGAAACAAGUUGGAAAGGGUUUCCACAGGCAUGGUUCAGCCCACUCAUGUUCAAAUACAGAUGUUGUCUGUCCCUCGUCUGGUACCUGGUCAUAGCGCGGCUGUGGCCUUUGACAUCUUGAAUCAUGGCCCGGCCCAGCUCUUAAGUCUGACAGCUGACGAUGACUGUGGAUAUCUUCAUAAGAGAGGACCUCACAGGUUUCAUGUUGCAGAACAAGGAUCUUUCCAUGGUCAGGUGGACCUGCACACUCCUGCCACAGCUCAGGUUGGAGUGACUGUCACCCUUACACUCACUGUGCGUGUUCAUGACUCUCCAGACACAAAUUAUGCAGUGGCCUACUUGACUGUGGUCCCCUCGGAUCCUGACAUGUCCCCACCAUCCUGCUCCACUGCACAAGUACAGUCUUCCUGUCUUACCAUUUGUAAUGAGUCCAGCUGGAGUGUAUCUCUGGCCGUGUCAGACAGGGGGCGCUCUGGUCUUGCUGCCCUCCAGCUUCAGAAGGGCGAAGGCAUUCUGACUUUGUCCCACAGCCCCCCGGCCACAGAGGAGAGCCUGGUACAAGCUCAGCCCAACACUGACCAACAACAGGUGCACAAGGACAAGACCACCAGUGGGGGUCACCACCAUCACCAGCACCAUCACAAGAGCAGAUUAGAGAAGGGAGACCCCCCUUUGAAUGUAUCUGAAUGGGUACUGGGCUCCUCUCAGCCACUGUGGGUGAGGUACACAUCCAGUUGCUGCUCCUCUCAGGCAGAGCUGCUGGUGUGGGACAGAGCUGGAAACAUGAAGCGCUGCCAUCUAACAUCUGGCCAACAGAGGCAGCUAAGAGACAGGACUACAGAAACCAGUGGUGUUGGACGGAUUACACUCACAGCAGACAUCUUUUUCCUGCUGUUAGGUCUGCUGUGGUCUUCUCUGCUUUAGGUUGAUGUGAUUAAAAAUAUGUUGCAGGUCAAACUAAUCUACAUAUUGAGAACUGAUUUCCAUUUUGGUAUAAGUGCACUUAAUGCAAAGAAAUGUGUCUUUCUUUCCUGCUUUUAAGUGCUUGCUACUGUAAUUUUUAAGGACCAUGCACUGAAUAAA